AUGUCAUACCAUCGCACCGGUAAUAUGUAUAUACAGUUUUUGUAUAUUGAACAUAUGUCAAAAUUCCUCAACAAUCGUUUAAGUCUCUGGCUAUUACCACAAAAGAAAUCUGAAGUAGAUAUUUUAUUUAAACGAUUGAUUGAAGUUUACUCUAAACGAAAUGCCCUAGAUCCAUUCGAUGCACAUGUGACGCUGUUUUCAGUUAAAAAUAGAGCUGAAGAUGAAGUUAUUGAAUGCGUUCAAAACCUGGUAAUAGCUUCAAAUAGUGAAUUGUUCUUAACAUUAACGUUACUAGCUACAGAACUGACUAAUGCUACGAAAUGUGUAUUUGCAUUGAUACAUUUAAAUGAUCAACUUCGAUUUCUUCGUCAAUUGACAUAUGAUUUAGUGGUGAAAGAUAAUACCCAGCAACAACCAUUCCCCUACUUACCGCAUUCGUCAAUUAUUUAUGAUAUUAAUCAACGUUUAUCACCGUUACAACGAGAAGAAAUCGUUGAGUUAAUCGGUCGAACUUCACUGAAUGGUCGUUCAUUUCUAGUAGAUCGUCUACAAUUAGUGGAUACAACUGAUAACGAUCAUAAGAAAUGGAAAGUAAUAAGAACGUGGCAAUUAAAUGAUUUGAAUUUGAUUAGUCUUCGAUCUAAUAUUCAUAUCCAUGCUUGUGAUGAAGCAAAACAAAAAUUACUGAAUUCACAAGAAAAAUACAACACGAGCAUACAAGAUGAUAGUCAUGACGAUUAUAUUCGUUUAUGUAAUGCACUGGCAAUGAAAACUCCCGCAGCUGCACCAUGUGCAUGUUUAUUGGUUAUUGAAAAACAAAUUGUGUUAACAGCAGUUAAUACACAUGUUUUAUCCAACGAUAUUACAAAGCAUUCUGAGUUAAAUCUGAUAAGUCAAGCAUCGACUUUAUUAUCAACAGAAGAAUUGAAAAAAUGUAUUCUCUAUACAAAUGUACAACCGUGUAUCAUGUGUCAUGGAGCUAUUUUAUUAAGCAAUAUUCCUUAUGUUGUUUAUUCAUUGUCGAAUGAGAAGUUAGGCAAAAUUGCUAAUGGAAAAUCCAUUUUUAAUACUGACAUAUUAAUGUAUGAAACAAAGAAUGAAUAUCAAUUGCUUGGACCCAUUUUAGAAGAUGAAACAGCUGAAAUCCAUCAAAAUUAUUUCAAUACACUAUUUCGAAUUCAAGCAGAUUAA